CAGACAAUGUCGUUCACGUUAUUCAUGUUUUCCAAGUUAUUGUAUUUAGCGAUUUAGGUUUAAUUUAAAUUUUUUCUGGUAAAUUCAACGCGAAAGUGGAAAAUGUCUAAAGUUAAACACACAACUGAAAAGGCGCUUCAGAUGCUUCGUACUCUUCCCAGGGUAUCAAUCGCUAAUAUACGUGAUAAUCCAAAUUCUAAGAAAUCGCAAAAAAGAGGUCGCGGACAACACGGUGGAGAUAAGCACGGUGCCGGUAACAAGGGAUCCAACCAACGGCAGAACUACAUGCGGCUGGGAUAUGAAACGGGCAACACCCCGUUCUAUCUUCGAUUCGGCUAUGAACCCUACUACAAAGGCCACCACUUGAAGCGAGAGUAUCCACCGAUAAGCUUGACCCAGGUUCAGAAACUUAUCGAUACUAACCGAAUAGAUGCUAGUCAGCCAAUCGAUUUAUCUACGAUCUGUAACACCGGUCUUUUUCGGAUCCGGCCGGACCAGAUGCAUUACGGUGUUCAGUUGACGGAUGAAGGAGCGGAUCAUUUUCAAGCCAAGAUAAAUGUCGAGGUGCAGCAUGCACCCGAGCUGGUGAUUGCGGCGAUUGAACGUAACGGUGGCGUUAUUAGAACGGCCUAUUACGAUCCGCACAGUUUGCAUGCGGUCGUGAAUCCAAAGAAAUGGUUCGAAAAGGGUGUCCCUAUCCCGAGAAGGAUGCUGCCACCGCAGGAUGCGGUCGCGUACUAUACGGAUGCUAGAAAUCGCGGAUAUCUGGCGGAUCCGGAGGAAAUCAGCAAGGAUCGGCUGGUGUUGGCGCAAAAGUACGGCUACAUAUUGCCUAAGAUUGAGGAGGAUCCGGACUAUGAAAUGUUGAUACAGUGCAAAGAUCCCAGGCAAAUAUUUUACGGAUUGCAUCCUGGUUGGGCGAUUAGUUUGAAAGAUAAGGCUAUUAUUAAAGAGAAACAGAGCCAGUAAAAUGCUUGUUGGAAGAAUAGAAUGAACAUAAACGGAAAUAACGCUUUGCAUUAAU